AAGCAAUUAAAUCAGAUCUCUUUUCUCUUGGAGUGCUGCAUCACUCCUUUCCCCACCUUUUCCCUUUAAACAAAUCAGAGGCAAAUCGGCUCGGUCAUAUGUUAUGACAGAGACUCUCAUUCAAAUACUGGAAGUGAGAAGGAGAGACUGCUGUAGAGACUCAAACAAUAAAAUCCACUCAGGAAUUUCAUCCGAUUGACUUUUAAGGAGUUCCAGCUUUGUGAACAUCUCUCCUUGCAUUUGUUGGUGACGGUGCCUGACAACUAUCGCCAUGGCGGAAAUGGAGCAAUUGCGAAAAGAGGCAGACAGCCUCAAAGACCAGAUUACAGCAGCUCGAAAGGCGGUUCAGGACACCACGCUGCAGGAGGCUGCAGGUGGGAUCAGUGUGGUUGGACGUGUCCAGAUGAAGACCAGGAAAACUCUGAGGGGUCACCUUGCCAAGAUUUAUGCCAUGCACUGGGCCACCGAUUCUAAGCUGUGUGUCAGCGCCUCGCAAGAUGGAAAACUCAUAGUGUGGGACACCAUCACAACCAACAAGGUGAAUGCCAUCCCCCUGAAGUCUUCGUGGGUGAUGACGUGUGCCUACGCUCCUUCAGGAAACCUUGUGGCUUGUGGUGGCCUGGACAACAUGUGCUCCAUCUACAACCUGAAGGGCAAAGAUGGGAAUGUAAAGGUGAUGCGUGAACUGGCAGCACACACAGGUUACCUGUCCUGCUGUCGCUUCAUCAGCGACAGUGAAAUCAUCACCAGCUCAGGGGACUGCACUUGUGUACUUUGGGACAUUGAGACCGGGACCCAAAAGACUGUGUUUGCUGGACAUCAGGGGGACUGCAUGUCUCUGGCCGUGUCCCCCGACUUUAAGUUUUUCAUCUCAGGAGCUUGCGACUACACCGCCAAGCUGUGGGACAUUAGAGAGGGCACCUGCAGACAGACCUUUGGAGGUCAUGAAAGCGACAUUAAUGCCAUUGGGUUCUUCCCGAAUGGCAAUGCUGUGCUAACAGGAUCUGAUGAUGCGACUUGCAAGCUGUACGACCUGCGAGCCGACCAGGAGCUGAUCACCUACCAGGACUCCAGCAUCAUGUGCGGAGUGACCUCUCUGGCUCCCUCUCUGUCUGGCCGGCUGAUCCUGGCAGGCUAUGAUGACUUUAACGUCAACAUCUGGGACUCACUUAAAGCUGAGAGAGUGGGCGUCCUGGCCGGUCACGACAACAGAGUGAGCUGCAUCGGUGUGUCUGCAGACGGCAUGGCGUGCUGCACGGGAUCCUGGGACAGCUUCCUCAAGAUUUGGAACUGAGGCAGUUCCUCAACACUGAGCAGAAAGUAGUUAAAACAUCUGCCUGGCAGAAAAAUGAAGAUUAGGAGUUUAAGUGAGAGACAAGAAGCCACAUAGGGUGAGAGGAGGGUGUUUAUUUGUGCCAAGUCUUAUCUUAUGUUGGAGACGGAAUCUAAGGGCAAGGGUUUUCUCUUCUUGUCACAGUACGUCCUCACCUAUCUUCUGGUUAGGGGGAAAUUUGGGACUCAAAUGGGGUGGGGGGGGUCUUGGAAAUUACCUUUCCUAAUAGUUAUUCAUUGACGACAGGUAGAUGUCUUCAAAGGUUUCCAGACAACAAAAGUUGCCUCAUGGACAUGGCGGCACACAAGAUGAGGCAGAAUUAAAAAUGUCAGCAUGUUUAAAGUCGCAUGAGCUCUUCUUAGGCAUCGGUUCUCACAUAAAUAAGCAUUAAAAUAAUUUAGUUUUUAGAUUUGGUAGACUCUCUAAAUACCAGGUUUUCAAAAUGUAGUUUGCUGAAAUUCACAUUUAUGUUUUGACUGAUGUAAGUGGAUUUAUCUGAUGAGAACUUGUACAGUAGGAAAAUGCUUUCUUAAGAGAUUUGUCCCUAAUGGUUCACUGUGCUCUUAAAAUUUCCCAUCAGGCUCAGAACGCCACAGUUCAAGGGUUUUGAGUAUACACAGCUGUACAUUUACAUGGGUUCUUCCACAGAUCACUUUUAACCCUAUACAGAUGAUAGCAGCACAAGGCUUUGAGAGAUGGAAAAAGCAAUCAACUACUAUUUGGAUUUUUUCUCAUUUUUUUUUUUACCCCAAAUGGUUUGUUUUGAAGAAUUUUAAAGCAGUGGUAUAUAAUAAACAUUGAGUUCCUUCUUAAAUUGCUGUUAUUUUGUGGCAAACCAACUACUUUUUAUAUAUACUUCGUUUUUAUUCUGUGUCGUUGGAGAGGAUUGAUUUAUUUUAACAAACACAUUUUUUCGAUUUGUGAACAACAGUAAACAUCAUAGGAAAAGUUGUAUGGCAGUGUCAAACUUUUAUUCUGUUGGCACAAAAAUUAGGGUGAAAAUUUCUGACAUACAAAUUGGGAAAAAUGUAUUUACAAAAAAAAUAAAAAAUAAAAAAGCAUUUAGUAAAGCAAAAAUUUCAGCUCAAAGACAGGUAUAAAAGGGUAAAUACCAUUUCAAUUUACACAAAGCAGAGGAUAGAAAAUGCAGCUAAUGAUAAAAUCCAUGUAUAAAACACAAAAAAGGUUGGAAAU